AUGUGUGCAUGCAGUAUUGCCAUUUCGCUGCAAAGUCAAGAGAAAAACAACACGGCCGCAAUGACGGCAAUGAAAGAUGUCCAGCUGUUCAUCACGAAAUAUGCGGCGGUCCUCCUCGUCAUUCUGUUCACUUUCGCGUUUCUGCGCUCCGUUUACAACGUCUUUUUGCACCCCCUCCGACGCGUGCCAGGUCCGUUCUUGGCCAAGCAUUCUCGAUUAUGGCUUUUCUACCACGACUAUCAUGGGAACCCUCAUAAUCACAUCCGGGAACUCCAUCGGAAACUAGGCCCGCUCGUUCGCAUAUCGCCAAACGAGGUGUCAGUCGACGAUGUCGACGCCAAUAAUGUCAUUUACUCCCAGAACAAUCCAUGGGUCAAACCUGCGUACCAUUACGAAGCAUUCAGAAGCUCUCCGCAAUACAGCAUCUUCACCGAGCUGGACCCCUUCACGCAUACUGCACAUGCUCGCCUACUCACGCCCGCCUUUUCACAGACAAGAGUCACUGCGCCGGACGCGCAGCGGCUUGUGUGGGAUAAAUGCAACGCCAUGGUGCAAGGCAUUCGUAAGCACUUGACAGGGGAACAGAGUCGCGAGAACGGAUUCUCAAAGUCCACCACCACCGUGGGUCUGAACAGCGUGUUUCGCAGCUUCGCUCUGGAUGUCGUUACAACUUGGACAUUUGGUCACUGCGCCGACAGCCUACCCAGCUUCCACUCGGAGCUAUUCGAGAUAUUUGAUGCGGCAGCCGAGAGUGUGAUAUACUUUCAGCACAUCCCUUUCUUACGAGCCAUGAUUCCCUACAUUGCACCAUUGGUGCCAUCUCUUGUGCCAAACAAGAUACUAGGACAGUACGCUAAGAAGUCCUUGGAGGCAAACAGGGCGGCUCUCAACGGCGUCGGCGAGGUUGUUCCGUGUGUAUUCUCGGAGCUUGUCUCCUCCCAGUGGCAAGAGAAACGUAGUUAUAGCCCGUCGGACGGGCAAAUGAUUUCGGACGGAAUUGUGAUUCUGGCGGCCGGAGCCGAUACAACAGCAGCCGCUUUAUCCAUUGGCAUCCAUUGGUUGGCACGAAACCCAGACCUGUGGCAGCAGCUUCAAGAGGAAUUACGGCCGGUCAUGGAAGCCGCAGAAAUUUCUCCUCGCAUCGAGGCGCUUGCUCAACUGCCUCUCCUGAAUGCCGUUCUCAAAGAAGGACUGCGAGUUUCCUGCCCCAUUCGCGGCCAUAUGCCCCGAGUUGUCCCUGCGAAGGGUUGGAACUACAACGGAACACAUCUUCCCGCCGGGGUAUUUUUCCCAUGCCCUCGACCCAGAUCAUCGACAUUUGAGGGUCUGUUGAUAGCUGAGACGCUAAUGUGGGAGUAUUUGCAGACAGUUGUUGCAACUUCGGCUUUUUACGGAUGUUACAAUGAGACAGUCUUCCCCGAUCCUGAGCGUUAUGACCCCACGCGAUGGUUACCACCAAAUCACACAGCCAAGAUGGAGGCCCAUCUUCAGCCCUUCUCGAGAGGCACCCGACAGUGCAUUGGACAAAACCUGACUUUGGCGAUGCAGCGGGCAGCCAUUGCGAGUGUUGUAUACCACUUCCGACCGGUUGCCGUCGAUAAUACGGAAAUUAAAACAAGAGAGUUUGUAACGCUUCUGGUGGAUUCUCCACUUGGAGUAUCGCUCAGCGCUGCGAAUCAUUCAGACCAACAUUGA